AUGUCCGACCAGACCUUCCACACCACCACUCAGGAUAUCCGCAAGCCGGAAUCCAAGGUUUCCCAAGCCCACCAGGGAAAUGUCCCUAAGAACUCAGAUGUCUCAGCUAUGAAAUCCCUCCUCAGCGAGAACACCGACAAGAAGCAGCAGAUUGAACAGACCAAGUCCAACCUGCCUCUACCUGAUCAGCCACCAGUCGCUAGUGACUGGAACUCGUUAGACCAGAGGACCGUCAACGUUGGUUCUGGUCGUCACCAGGGACCUGUUUCUGGCGAGGGCAACAGCGCUCUGAGAGAGCCCGCAACCGCUGGUAGCAGUGUCCGUCAAGAUGGAGAUGAAUUGCACAAGCAAACCCAACCAAUGGGCAAUGUUGGGCGCCAGGGGAAGGACAAUCUGAGUGAUCUCCCCAAGGAUGCUCUGGCACGGUAA